UUUGCUCUUUUCCCCUUUUUUAUCGCUUAAUUUUAUAAUUUUAGGAAUUACAGUUGUUGUUUAAUGUUGUUGAGGAUAUUUACAGUAGGCGGUGCAUAAAUGUCGAAAAAUUUGGAACUACCCUUCAGAAACGGGUGGUCUAAAAUUGUUUGCCGAGACCUCCGAUGACGUGUGCAGCUGUUGCGGCUCUGCAAAUGGAUGACUGGAGUGUUGCCCCGUCUUCGCUUCCCUUCUGCGUUGUGGGCUUUAUUCUUCGUUUUGUAGCUAAUGUUUCUUACCCCAAGCGCUAUGUUACACUUUGCACGAUGACGAGCAGACCGAUACGAAAUUCGACAUUCCAGACUUCCUAAAGGGAGUUAAAACAACAAAUCAGCGCAGUUUGCCGAAUCGCCCGCUGAUUCGUCCUGUAAGCGCCCACCCCACAUGCCCGUUAACGGAUAAAUCAUAAAAACUGCCCCCGAUCACUCACCUGUCCCAUCUGCACCAGCCGGCAGCUCUCUCUCCCUUGCUGGACCCUUCACGAACUUUCACUUUCACCGUGUGACUUUCGGGAAGUCAGACAAGUCUUUCUUGUCCGAAGCCCCCCUUUUCUGGAUGAAAUUUGCACUCGAUUCGCACUUCAAAAAGUAAAGAUCGUCCUCAUCGAGAGUUGCAGGCGACGGCAAACUGCGUGGGUGAGCGCUGGAAAAGCAACGGUCACCGCAGGUCACGUUCAGAUGGAACUCUAGCACCCCGGAAAUGUGUGACAAAUUGGAGCCGCACCUUAGCCAUGCUGAGCAGAGUGUUAAUGUCGGCCAUUUUAUGGGUGCCUUUCCAUGUUUUUGCACAAAAUGCUGAAGCCACACUUCACGUCAUUAUUGCGUCUGCAGGUGAAGAUGUUCUUCUGCCUUGCACAUUUCCACCUCUGGACUGGAGAGACCCCAGAAACUUCCUGAUCAUUAAGUGGCAGCAUGGCUCCUCAAUUAUUUAUCACUAUGAAGAUGAGGAGCACAGGCCAGAAUGGGGACUGGAAAGGUUCAGAGGGAGAAUCCAGAUGUUUCACCAAGAGAUCUCCAAAGGAAAUGCAUCUGCUCUUUUGACAAAUGUCCACCUGGAAGAUGCUGGGAAGUAUGUGUGUAUGGUUAUCUGGGUAUCCAAUUAUAAGGAAACUCAGCUGCAGUUAUCCGUAACUGGAGAGGACAUGCCAAGUGCUCAAGUGAUCAUCGUUGGAUUGUCCACCUUGCUUGUGAUGAUUUUACUGCUUUCACUGUUAGAAUCUAAGCGACUGAAGAAGCGUUACAGGUCGCUUGGCAAAUCAAAUUGCUGAAAGGGUCCAAUAACUGAGAAUAAGAUGCCACCAUGUCCAGCACCAUUCAGUCCUGCUCUACUGUGUUUCACCAUGAUGAGAUCUGACCACUCUGUUCCAGAAGGUUUAUUUCGUCAGGAGGAUGACACCUGUUAUUUGUCUGAGGAACAUUACGAAAACAUUUGGAAAACAUGUGGUGUCAUUCACAAUGGCAGUUCCCAGCUGAAAGAGACCGAUGUGAGGGAGCCAUCUUCUAAAAAAAGACUGAUAUGAAAUGGAAGAGAGGAAUCCUUGGAGGACGGUUUGAUUGCUUGGACCUUUGCACCAUUUAGACAGUCAGGUCUGAUUAACAUGCAACCAGACAUGAGAUUAACAUCAUGGUAACCCAAGGAAAUGUCAGUGUCCAUCAGUGCCCAUUGCACUCUGUCCUCAUUGUGUAUAGUACAUCUUGGUGUGGCACCUGCUCAGCCCAGAGCUGCAGAGCUUAAACAUGUUGGUGAGGGUGACAUUAAAAUGGAAAACAUGCAUGCUAAAAA